AUGAGAACGGCCUUGUUGCGGCUUCGUAACUCGAUGGACGAUGCCAAGCAAGAUUACGUGAGACUUGAGAAGACUGCAGCAGCGGCGGAACCGGUGAAAGUUAAGGUUAUACGAAGUCUACCCAGACGGAGGCCUUCGCUUUCGCAGAAAGUUCAGAAGAUGUGGUGGAUGCGACUGCUCAAUUUGGUAAUUCAAAAUGUUCGUCAUCGUCACGCCAGUGAAAAUACAGUGUACCAUGCAUUAUACGCACAUUACUUCCUGGGAAUUCCUAAAUUGGAAAUUGCUAAAUUGUACGGGAAGGCUCCGUCAACGAUUUGGGAAUGGUUCUCCAAGUUUGAAAUGAACGGAUGUGUUCAACGGAAGAAACGGGAACAAGUUUACAAAAAAUUCGGGAUCCAAAUGCGACAGUGGCUUGUGGACUUGUACCGUAGAGAACCAAUUCUUUUCUUAGAUGAGGCCAAGAUAAAAUUCCAAUUGCAUUUCCAUUCUACAAUCAGUGUAGCAUCAAUAUGGGUGAUUCUUCAGGACUCCGGGUUUUCGUGGAAAACAAUUGAGCGACGGGCAAUACAAAUACGCGAAGACGAAAUUGUGAGGUUCACACGGGAAAUGCUAGCAGUUCCUUGGGAGCUCUUUAAUAUUGUGUUCUUGGAUGAGGUGAGCUUCAACAAUAAGGAUAUGCUGCGCCGGAAAGGCUACGGUGUAGUUGGAAAAAAAUUGAUUUUCCGAGGAGAAUUCUGUAGGAAACCAAGAGUCUCUUUUUUAUGCUUUUUGGGAAUGAAUGGUAUUCUGGACAGCUUCUUCACGGAAGGAACAUUUAACAGGAAAAAAUUCUUUUCCUGUUGCAAGGACUUUGCCCUGAACAAUCCAAGUGUGCAGCGAUAUCCAGGAUUCAAUUCAGUUUGGAUUAUGGACGGUGCAAGGAUCCACUGCGAUGCGAACAUCAUCAGGUUUCUCAGAUCAAUCGGUAUUAUUCCGAUUUUUCUGCCUGCUUAUGGUCCGUUCUUUAACCCAAUAGAGAUUGUGUUUGGUCGGAUCAAAGAAGACAUGAAGAGACACCACAUUCAGCAUAAAUUACCACUAACUGAAGUUUGCGAAUCACUUAACCGCUUCAAAUCAUUUCCCUGCACUAAAAUCUUCAACCACUGCGGAUACUUUGCUGGUGGCACAUUUUCGCCUGAAAAAGGACUUUCCCAGGAUCCGAAAUACAUGGAAUUGAAUAUUUCACCCAAGUAA